UCCAGCAUGGCCCAAAGCCUGCACAGUCUGGCGCAAGCACAGCAGACGAUGUCGCAGGCCCCGAGUCCGUCGCUGGCUGUUCAGGCGGUCCAGGCGGCACAGGCGGCCCAGGCGCUCAACCAGAACUUGGGACAGGCGUUGACACAGGCCCUCACGCAGAACAUGCAACAGAACCUCGGGCAAACUUUGCAACACAAUCUCGCGCAAAGUCUCACGCCGAGUUUGUCGCCGCAACAACAACAACAGCUGCUCAAUCAGCCGCAAAAUCUUAGCCAAGCUAGUCAGAACCUGCAGCAGAACAUUCAGAGUCAGGCGCAAAACUUGUCGCAAACGCUGCAACAACAGGCGCAAAAUUUGACCCAGAACCUCGGUCAGAGUCUUAGCCAGCAGGCGCUGCAACAACAGGCGGCACAAAACCUCACGCAAAAUUUGCAGCAGCAGGCUCAGAAUCUGACGCAGAACCUGCAACAACAGGCGCUCAACAUGACCGGUGGCAUCGCUCAGAACGGUGCCCUCGCCGGGAUGAACAUGUCGACCAACCAGCAACAAAACUCUCAGAACUCGAUGCUGAGUCCGGGCGCUACCAGUCAGGACUCCCACGACACCAGCCUGACGGAGAAACUCGUCAACGAGCUGCAGUCUCGUGCCUCUGCGGCGGGACUUGGAGGUGCAGGAGGCGCCGGCGGAGGCGGAGGAAUGGGCAACAUCAGCGAACGCACCCUCGAGGAAUGCUGGUCCACCCUGCAACGAAUCUUCAUGCACAAGAGCGCGAUGCAGAUGCACGCGAGGGAGCUCGGCGCAGCGGGUGCACUGACGGCGAGGGCUAGCGGCGGCAUGGCGGGCGGAUUGGCAGCCCUGGCUCCGAUCGGCGUCGGACCGGGCGGUAUGAUCGCCGGCAACGAGGUAAAGCCACACCAGUGCCAGCAAUGCCUCAAGUCAUUCUCCAGCAACCACCAGCUCGUGCAGCACAUCAGGGUCCACACCGGCGAGAAACCGUACAAAUGCAGCUAUUGCGACCGCAGGUUCAAGCAGCUCAGUCAUGUACAGCAACAUACCCGCUUGCAUACGGGAGAACGACCGUACAAGUGCCAUCUACCGGAUUGCGGGCGGGCGUUCAUUCAGCUAUCGAAUUUGCAGCAACACCUUCGAAAUCACGACGCCCAGGUGGAACGGGCGAAGAACCGGCCGUUCCAUUGCAACAUCUGCGGCAAAGGCUUCGCCACAGAAUCCAGCCUUCGUACUCACACGUCGAAGGAGUUGCAACAGCGUGUUGUGUUCCAGCAACACGCCGCCUUGAUCGGCGGCCCGAACGCAACCAGCUGUCCCGUCUGCCACAAACUCUUUCUCGGUGGCGAAGCUCUUAUGGAGCACAUGAAGCACACCCACAAGGAUCCGAAUGCUUCCGGCGUUGCCAAAUUGAUGAUGAUGGUGGUGGUGGUGAUGAUAACGAUGAUGGAGGAGGUGGCUUUCGUUCCUUGGGAAGCUUUAUCCUGCUUAGCAUUGACCUUGAAAUUGUGUCGCCCUAUUGUUCCCUCCGCUGACUGCACAACCUCCGUUGUCGGGGUUUACAUAGCGAAGCGACGGACCGCCAACCACCCGUGUCCAGUGUGCGGAAAACACUACGUCAACGAGGGUAGUCUUAGGAAACACCUGGCCUGCCAUCCUGAGACCAGUCAACUUAGCACGAGCCUCAGGAUGUGGCCGUGCUCGGUGUGCCAAGCCGUCUUCACCCACGAGAGCGGUUUGUUGAGUCACAUGGAGCACAUGAGAAUGGACCCGAAGCAUCAGUUUGCGGCGCAAUACGUUUUAAGUCGCGCCGCCGCCGAGAGGCGGGAAAUGUCUGCAAGGAUUCUCCCUUCGCCUUCGAGGUCGACUGGAAUGUCGACAUUGAUGAUGAUGGUGGUGGUGGUGAUGAUAACGAUGAUGGAGGAGGUGGCUUUCGUUCCUUGGGAAGCUUUAUCCUGCUUAGCAUUGACCUUGAAAUUGUGUCGCCCUAUUGUUCCCUCCGCUGACUGCACAACCUCCGUUGUCGGGGUUUACAUAGCGAAGCGACGGACCGCCAACCACCCGUGUCCAGUGUGCGGAAAACACUACGUCAACGAGGGUAGUCUUAGGAAACACCUGGCCUGCCAUCCUGAGACCAGUCAACUUAGCACGAGCCUCAGGAUGUGGCCGUGCUCGGUGUGCCAAGCCGUCUUCACCCACGAGAGCGGUUUGUUGAGUCACAUGGAGCACAUGAGAAUGGACCCGAAGCAUCAGUUUGCGGCGCAAUACGUUUUAAGUCGCGCCGCCGCCGAGAGGCGGGAAAGAGAGAUCCUGGCAUCUUCGAGUUUAGGUGCGGGAUUGGGUGUGUUGGGAAGCCAAUCGGGCGGACCACAAAAUUUGCAACAACCACCGAUGUGCCCUUCGCCGUCGGCUCACUCGGACAGCAGCAGCGGAAACGGAAGACUAUCGUCGGCCGGUAGUGAACCUGGUACCGGUCUACUCAACAACAACAACAAUAACAACAACAACAACAUGGCGUCGCCGGGGCCGAGCGGCAACAAGCUGAGCGACAUGCUACGAGCGGGAAGCCAACCAGCCUCCGCGCAACAAUACCACGACGAGAUGCAGUCGCAACAGCAACGCAUGGCAGUAAUGGCCGCCGCAGUGUCAGCGGGUUUACAAAAUUCUGUAUCGCCGAAUUUGUCGCCGGUGGACAUGGCGUCCUUGGCGGCGGCGAUGAGAAUGGGAAACAACGGCGACAUGAGCGGUGGCGCGCAAGGAUCGACGGGACCUCAACAGCAAGGUGUGCAAGCAACCGGACCAGAACAGACGUUGAGAAUGCACCAAGCGGAAGCUCUGUUGCGUUCUCAGGCGGAAGCUGCGCUCAGACUGGCUGUAUCGCAAGCGGCAGCGGCAGCGGCCAGUUCCGCGGUUGGCGCAGACGUGAGACAUCACCUGGGCCAGCACAACGGUGGCAACGCCUCUGGAAUGCCUGGACAUCACACGAACCAACAGAUGUCUCAACAGGACACCUUACCGCCUGACCUCGGGGAAGCGCUGAGAUUACAAGAACAGCGACUGGAACAGGCCCUGAGGCUUCACGGUGAUCCUCGAGCUUUGAGUUUCACCAUUCAGCACGUGGUCAAUCAACAGAACAGUCAGCAACCAUGAAAAUUCAGUUACUACUGAGACGAGUGGACCCCUUGGACGUCGGAACAGUCGAACCUGCAGCAGCAGCAAGCUGAACGCCUCAAUCAGCCGUCCAUUCAAUCGGCCGAGCGUUCGGCGACGCUGAACGAUCAACAGCAGCAACAAGGUUCGUCUGGGAUCGGUCUUCAUUACCAUCAGCAGCAGCAGCAGCAGCAGCAGCAACAGCAGCAGCAACAGCAGCAGCAACAUCCUGAAGACCGUGGUGUCAAGAGGAAAGCCGACGACAUGAUCGGUAACUCUGACAACGUGUAAAGGACGACGUACACGGACGACGAACCGACGGAAACGUCGUUUAUCGUCUUGUACGUCGCGUCGAUUCGAACACAGGCGUCCAAGCGUGGUCACCCGCGAAAACACUAAUGUCUCAGCAGUAAGAAUGAAACGAAUCCUUUGGAGAGACCUCGAGAGUCAGUUUCGAGGCCUCUCGAAUUCUAUUUUCGCUCGUUCGACGCGCGACGGUCUCGAGAUCGUCGCGGGUCGACGAAUCCGUGAAUUUCUUCUCUCCGUGAACCAACGGGGCGAAUGAUCAGAGGUCAUACGUAUCUAGAAAUCCGUUAGACGGUGCGUGACCGCGGCAGCCGUGGCAACGGUCUUUUACCGACGCGUUUUCGCGCGUUGAUCGUGUUGUUCCUACUUCGGUCCUGGAUCUAGAGUUCCUAGAACGACGAUGCUCGCUGA